UGAAUUCCUCAGAAAAGGAAAAAUACUCGCCCCUUUCGCCCUUUUCCAUCGAUUCAGGACAGAUUUUCAUGCAUCUAUAAGCCUGUCAGCUCUGGUCUUAUACCUUGGAUUUACCAGUAGAGCGUUGUGGCGUUCCUCCGCCCGGCCAUGGCGGCUCACAAACCAGUGGAAUGGGUCCAGGCCGUGAUUACUAGAUUUGAUGAGCAGCUUCCCAUUAAAGUUGGACACCAGAACACCCACACCAAAGUCAGCACAGAGCACAACAAGGAAUGUCUGAUCAACAUCUCAAAAUAUAAGUUCUCCCUUGUCAUCAGUGGUCUCACCACCAUCCUCAAAAAUGUCAACAACAUGCGAAUAUUUGGAGAAGCUUCUGAGAAAAACCUCUAUCUUUCCCAGCUCAUCAUCCUGGACACACUGGAAAAGUGCCUGGCUGGGCAAUCGAAGGACUGCUUGCGUCUGGAUGAAACCAUGCUGGUCAAACAGUUGCUACCAGAGAUCUGCCAUUUCAUCCAUACAUACCGCGAGGGCCACCAGCAUGCUGCUGAACUCCGUGCCUCAGCCUCAGCUGUCCUCUUUUCUCUGAGCUGCAACAACUUCAAUGCUGUUUUCAGCCGCAUCUCCACCAGGCUACAGGAGCUGACAGUGUGCUCGGAGGACAAUGUGGAUGUUCAUGACAUAGAGCUGAUGCAGUACAUCAACGUGGACUGCUCCAAGCUAAAAAGGCUGCUACAAGAAACUGUGCUGAAGUUUAGAGCUCUCAAGAAACCUGCUCAGCUAGCAGUCAUCAACAGUUUAGAGAAGGCAUUUUGGAACUGGGUCGAGAAUUACCCAGAUGAGUUCACCAUGCUCUACCAGCGACCACAGGCAGAUAUGGCAGAAGCUGCAGAGAAGUUGUUUGACCUAGUAGACAGUUUCGCGGAGAGUGCCAAACGGAAGGCAGCUGUGUGGCCACUGCAGAUCAUCCUCCUCAUCCUCUGUCCAGAGAUUACACACACCAUCUCCAAAGACACAGUAGAAGACAGCAAGGCUAACAAGAAACUGUUUUUGGACAGUUUGCGGAAAGCUUUAGCUGGCCAGGGUGGCAGUAAGCAGCUGAUGGAGAGUGCUGCCAUUGCCUGUGUCAAACUGUGUAAAGCAUCCACCUACAUCAACUGGGAGGAUCACUCAACCAUUUUCCUCCUGGUCCAGUCCAUCGUCAUGGAUCUUAAGGCUCUCCUGUUCAACCCAGCCAAACCAUUCUGGAGGGGAACGGGCAGCCAGAACGCUGAUGUGGAGCUCAUGAUGGACUGCUUUGUUUCCUGUUUCCGCAUCAAUCCUCACAACAACCAGCACUUUAAGGUCUGUUUGGCCUCCUCCUCUCCCUCCACCUUUCACUUUGUCCUGGUCAACUCGUUGCACAGAAUAAUCACUAACUCCCACCUGGACUGGUGGCCAAAGAUCGAUGCAGUGUACUGCCACUCCGGAGAGCUUCGCUUUAUGUUCUCUGACACCCUCAACCGUGUCAUCCAAGGUGUUGGCACCCAUGCUCCAUUACGCAUGACACCGAGUCUUACAUUCAAAGGGAAGAUGACCACCAGCCUUAAAUUCAAAGAGAAAGCCACAGAACUUGACACUCGAAGUUACAAGUGCCUCCUUCUUGCUCUGGUCAAACUUAUCCACGCUGAUCCCAAACUCAUGUUGCAUAACCCAGUGAAGCAAGCUCCAGAGAUGCAGAGCAGCACAGCAGAGCUCAUCACUGGCCUGGUGCAGCUAGUGCCUCUAACCAACACCAACCAGCUGUCGCAAGAAGCCAUGGAGGCACUGUUGGUACUGCACCAGCCAGAGACCAUAGAGCUGUGGAAUCCUGAUUCUCCUAUAGAGACGUUCUGGGAUAUAAGUUCACAGGUGCUCUUCCUUAUCUGCCGCAAACUGAUUGGCCAGCAAAUGGUUAAUGGGACAGAAGUUCUCAAAUGGCUGAGGGAGAUCCUCAUCUGCAGGAACAAGUUCCUGCUCAAGAACAAGGAGUGUGCCACUAUGGGUGGUGGUAUUCCCAUCUGCCGACAGGCACAAACAAAGCUGGAGGUGUGUCUCUACAUGUUCCUGUGGAGUCCGGACACCGAGGCGGUUCUGGUGGCCAUGUCAUGUUUCCGCCACCUCUGUGAGGAGGCCGACAUCCGCAGUGCCGCUGACGAGGUGCCAGUCCAGACCAUCCUGCCCAACUAUGCCACCUUCAAUGAGCUGGCCUCUGUCAGCAACAUGAUGGGAACAGGCCGUUCCACCUUGCAGAAGAGGGUGAUGGCUUUGCUGAGGAGGAUAGAACACCCUACACCAGGAAACAUUGAGGCUUGGGAGGACACAUAUGCUAAAUGGGACCAGGCCACCAAACAGAUUCUCAUCUCCCCCAAAAACAAGGCAGAUGAUGGGCAGCAGGAAUGGAUCAACAUGACAGGCUUCCUGUGUGCUCUGGGCGGUGUAUGUCUCCAACAGCGCAGCACCCCCGGCCCAGCCACCUACAGCCCACCUAUGGGCCCCAUGAGUGAACGCAAACACUCCAUGAUCUCCAUGGGCCCCUCUGAUGUGUCCAGCCCUGUGCCCUCAGUCUCCUCCUGCUCCUCAUCGGCCUCCAGUGAGACACCUGUCAGCCGCUUCUUGGACCGGCUGCUAGCCCUCCUGGUGUGUGGCCAUGACAGAGUUGGUCUCCAUGUUCGCACCAAUGUGAAAGACCUGCUAGGCCUGGAGCUCAGCCCUGCCCUCUACCCCAUGCUUUUCAACAAGCUUAGGAACAGCAUCGGCAAGUUCUUUGACACACAGGGACCGGUUCCUAUUAAUGACACUAACACCCAGUUUGUGGAGCAGACCAUCGCCAUCAUGAAGAACCUGUUAGAUAACCACACAGAGGGCAGCUCUGAACACCUGGGACAGGCCAGUAUCGAAACGAUGAUGCUCAAUCUGGUCAGGUAUGUACGCAUCCUGGGCAACGUGGUCCAUGCGAUCCAGAUCAAAACCAAGCUAUGCCAACUGGUGGAGGUGAUGAUGGAGAGACGAGAUGACCUGUCCUUCUGCCAGGAGAUGAAGUUCAGGAACAAGAUGGUAGAGUACCUGACUGACUGGGUGAUGGGAACCUCCAACCAGGCUGCUGAUGAUGACAUUAAGUGUCUGACUAGGGACUUGGACCAGGCCAGUAUGGAGGCGGUAGUUUCUCUGUUAGCUGGUCUUCCUCUGCAACCAGAGGAAGGUGAUGGAGUAGAACUGAUGGAGGCUAAAUCUCAGCUCUUCCUCAAGUACUUCACCCUGUUCAUGAACCUACUGAAUGACUGCAGUGAGGUUGAGGAUGAGGGCCAAGCAGUGGGGGGACGAAAGAGAGGAAUGUCUCGACGCCUGGCCUCACUCCGCCACUGCACCGUCCUGGCCAUGUCCAACCUGCUCAAUGCUAAUGUAGACAGUGGACUUAUGCACUCUAUAGGUCUUGGCUACCACAAGGACCUGCAGACUAGAGCCACCUUCAUGGAAGUGCUGACCAAGAUCCUGCAGCAGGGAACAGAGUUUGACACCCUGGCAGAGACAGUUCUAGCUGACCGCUUUGAGAGGCUUGUGGAGCUGGUCACCAUGAUGGGAGACCAGGGAGAGCUGCCCAUUGCCAUGGCACUGGCUAAUGUGGUUCCUGGGUCCCAAUGGGAUGAGCUAGCCCGAGUCCUGGUGACACUGUUUGACUCACGCCACCUACUUUACCAGCUGCUGUGGAACAUGUUCUCAAAAGAAGUGGAGCUUGCAGACUCUAUGCAGACUCUCUUUAGAGGAAACAGCCUGGCAAGCAAAAUAAUGACCUUCUGUUUCAAGGUAUAUGGGGCAGCAUACCUGCAGAAGCUACUGGAGCCUUUAUUAAGAGGGGUCAUAACCACCCCUGAACAUAUCAGCUUUGAGGUGGAUCCCACCAGGCUGGAACAAGGUGAGAACCUGGAGGAGAACCAGAGAAACCUCCUACAGAUCACAGAGCGGUUCUUCCAGGCCAUCAUUGGUUCAUCCAGCGAGUUCCCUCCACAACUCCGCAGUGUCUGCCACUGUCUUUACCAGGCUACUUGCCACUCUCUACUGAAUAAAGCAACAGUAAAAGAAAAAAAGGAAAACAAAAAAGCAGUGGUAAGUCAGCGGUUUCCACAGAACAGCAUUGGUGCAGUGGGUAGUGCCAUGUUUCUGCGCUUCGUCAACCCAGCUAUUGUGUCACCCUAUGAGGCCGGCAUCUUGGACAAGAAGCCCCUGCCCAGGAUAGAACGGGGUCUCAAACUCAUGUCAAAGAUUCUGCAGAGUAUUGCAAACCAUGUCCUGUUUACAAAAGAAGAGCACAUGAGGCCUUUUAAUGACUUUGUGAAGAGCAACUUUGAUUCAGCCAGGAGAUUUUUCUUGGACAUAGCAUCUGACUCUCCGCCCAGCGACUCAGUCAACCACAGUCUGUCCUUUAUUAGUGACGGCAAUGUGCUGGCCCUCCACCGCCUGCUGUGGAACAACCAGGAGAGGAUUGGCCAGUACCUCUCCAGUAACAGGGACCACAAGGCUGUAGGCAGGCGACCCUUUGACAAGAUGGCGACCCUGCUGGCCUACUUGGGGCCUCCUGAACACAAACCUGUGGCUGAUACUCACUGGUCUAGUCUCAACCUGACCAGCUCCAAGUUUGAGGAGUUCAUGACCAGACACCAGGUCCAUGAGAAGGAGGAGUUCAAAGCCUUAAAGACCCUCAACAUCUUCUACCAGGCAGGAACCUCAAAGACCGGCAACCCAGUGUUCUACUACGUGGCCCGCAGGUUCAAAACAGGCCAGAUCAAUGGUGACCUGCUCAUCUACCAUGUCCUCCUCACCCUCAAACCCUACUACGCAAAGCCUUAUGAGAUAGUAGUAGACUUAACACAUGUAGGACCCAGCAAUCGUUUCAAGACCGACUUCCUGUCCAAGUGGUUUGUGGUCUUUCCUGGCUUUGCCUAUGAGAACGUAGCAGCUGUCUAUGUCUACAACUGCAACACUUGGGUGAGGGAGUACACCAAAUACCAUGAGCGGCUGCUGACUGGACUGAAGGGCAGCAAAAGGCUUCAGUUCAUUGAUUCUCCGGCCAAGCUGGCCGAGCACAUUGAGCCCGACCAACAGAAGCUGCCUGCAGCCACGCUGACUCUGGAGGAAGACCUUAAAGUGUUCCACAAUGCCCUUAAACUGGCCCACAAAGACACCAAGGUUUCAAUAAAGGUGGGCUCGACAGCAGUUCAGGUGACCUCAGCCGAGCGGACCCGUGUCCUGGGUCAGCCCGUCUUUCUCAACGACGUAUACUACGCCUCAGAGAUUGAAGAGAUCUGCCUGGUUGAUGAGAGCCAGUUCACCCUCACCAUGGCCAACCAGGGAACACCACUAACAUUCAUGCACCAGGAGUGUGACGCCAUUGUCCAAUCAAUAAUCCAUAUCCGGACACGCUGGGAACUGUCGCAGCCAGAUUCCAUCCCACAGCACACCAAGAUCCGACCGAAAGAUGUUCCUGGCACUCUGCUCAACAUCGCUCUGCUGAAUCUUGGCAGUUCUGACCCCAGCCUCAGGUCUGCGGCUUACAAUCUGUUGUGUGCUUUGACUUGCACCUUCAACCUAAAGAUAGAGGGCCAGUUGCUGGAGACAUCUGGCCUCUGCAUCCCAGCCAACAAUACCCUUUUCAUUGUCUCCAUCAGCAAGACCCUGGCUGCCAAUGAGCCCCAUCUGACACUGGAGUUUCUGGAGGAGUGUAUUUCAGGCUUCAGCAAGUCCAGUAUUGAGCUGAAGCAUCUCUGCCUGGAGUACAUGACACCCUGGCUACUCAAUCUGGUUCGCUUCUGUAAACAUAAUGACGACGCCAAGCGCCAGCGUGUCACUGCCAUUUUGGACAAACUAAUUACCAUGACGAUAAAUGAAAAGCAGAUGUAUCCUUCUAUCCAGGCCAAGAUCUGGGGUAGCCUGGGCCAGAUAACAGACCUGUUGGAUGUGGUGUUGGACAGCUUCAUUAAGACCAGUGCCACAGGAGGUCUGGGCUCCAUCAAAGCAGAGGUCAUGGCUGAUACUGCAGUAGCUCUGGCUUCAGGGAAUGUUAAACUGGUCUCCAGCAAGGUUAUUGGUCGAAUGUGUAAGAUCAUAGACAAGACAUGCCUGUCGCCAACACCCACACUGGAGCAGCACUUGAUGUGGGAUGACAUCGCCAUCUUGGCACGCUACAUGCUCAUGCUGUCCUUCAACAACUCCCUGGAUGUUGCAGCCCACCUGCCCUACCUAUUCCAUGUGGUGACCCUGUUGGUAGCCACUGGGCCACUGUCCCUCAGGGCCUCCACCCACGGUUUGGUUAUCAACAUCAUCCACUCCCUCUGCACCUGCUCACAGCUCAACUUCAGUGAGGAGACAAAGCAAGUUCUGAGGCUGAGCCUUACUGAGUUCUCCCUGCCCAAGUUCUACCUGCUGUUCGGUAUCAGCAAAGUCAAGUCAGCCGCUGUCAUCGCCUUUCGCUCCAGCUACAGAGACCGGUCCUUCUCACCGGGCUCCUAUGAGAGGGAGACAUUCGCUCUGUCCUCCCUGGAGACCGUUACUGAGGCCUUACUGGAGAUAAUGGAGGCUUGUAUGAGGGACAUCCCAGCCUGCAAGUGGUUAGACCAGUGGACAGAACUUGCACAGAAGUUUGCAUUCCAGUACAACCCAUCUCUCCAACCCAGAGCACUGGUGGUGUUUGGCUGUAUUAGUAAGAGGGUGAGCCACGGCCAAAUCAAGCAGAUCAUCCGAAUCCUCAGCAAGGCCAGCCCACUCCUCAGCAUAGACCGGGGUCUGGAGAGCUGUCUAAAGGGUCCAGACAAUUACAACAGCCAAGUAUUAAUAGAGGCCACAGUCAUUGCUCUGACCAAGUUGCAGCCUUUACUCAGCAAGGAGUCUCCCAUGCACAAAGCUCUGUUCUGGGUGGCAGUUGCUGUGUUGCAGCUGGAUGAAGUCAACCUUUACUCUGCUGGAACAGCCCUGCUGGAGCAGAACCUCCACACUCUGGACACAAUGCGUGUCUUCAAUGACAAGAGUCCAGAAGAUGUGUUCAUGGAGAUCAGGCAUCCUUUAGAAUGGCACUGUAAGCAGAUGGAUCACUUUGUGGGCCUUAACUUUAGUGCAAACUUCAACUUUGCACUGGUGGGCCACUUACUCAAAGGCUAUAGACACCCAUCACCCACCACAGUAGCAAGGACGGUGAGAAUCCUGCACACACUGUUGGCUCUCAUCAGCAAGCAUCUGAAAUGUGACAAGUUUGAGGUGAACACCCAUAGUGUGGCCUAUCUGGCUGCACUGCUCACUGUAUCUGAGGAGGUCCGAAGUCGCUGCAGCCUCAAACACAGGAAGUCACUACUGAUCUCUGACCUCUCCAUGGACCCAGUACCCAUGGACACCUAUUCCAGUCACAUCACUGAUCCCAGCUGCAGAACUCUGCGAGAGACUCAGCCAUGGACGUCACCUCAGGUUUCAGAGCGCUACCUUUCAGCCCAUCAGUAUCCCACAGUGGGCCAGAUCAGCCCACGAACACGCAAGUCCAUGAGCCUGGACAUGGGUCAGCCCUCACAGGCCAACACCAAGAAGCUCCUGGGCACCAGGAAGAGCUUUGAUCAUCUCAUAUCGGACUCUAAAGCACCAAAGAGACCAGAGAUGGAGUCGGGUAUGACCACCCCUCCAAAGAUGAGGCGUGUAGCAGAGAAUGACUAUGAGAUAGAGACACAAAGAAUUGGAAACUCUCACCUUCGCAAGGUGUCUGUAUCAGAGUCUAAUGUUCUGCUGGAUGAGGAGGUGCUGACUGACCCCAAGAUCCAAGCUCUGCUGGUCACUGUGCUGGCCACCCAGGUCAAAUACACCACUGAUGACUUUGACCAACGAAUUCUGUAUGAGUACUUGGCUGAAGCUAGCGUUGUCUUCCCAAAGGUUUUCCCAGUUGUCCACAACCUGCUGGACUCCAAGAUCAAUACUGUGCUGUCCAUGUGCCAGGACACCAACCUUCUGAAUCCUGUCCAUGGCAUUGUCCAGAGUGUGGUGUACCAUGAGGAGUCACCCCCCCAGUACCAACCUUCCUAUUUACAAAGCUUUGGCUUUAAUGGUCUUUGGAGGUUUGCCGGACCCUUCUCUAAGCAAACACAGAUACCGGACUAUGCCGAGCUGAUUGUCAAGUUUUUGGAGGCGUUAAUUGACAGCUACCUGCCAGCGGCUGACGAGGAGCGAGGGGAGGAGCAGCUGAGGACACCGACCUCCCCCUACCCACCCACCAGCCAGAGCCAGCUCAGCAUCACUGCCAAUCUCAACCUGUCCAACUCCAUGACCUCACUGGCGACCUCGCAGCAUUCACCAGGUGUGGAUAAAGAGAACGUCCAGCUGUCCCCUAGCUCUGCUCUGUCCAGCGGGGGCCGCACUCGCCACGGUUCAGCCAGUCAGGUCCAGAAGCAGCGCAGCGCCGGCAGCUUCAAGAGACCUAGCAUCAAGAAGAUAGUCUGAUCAACCAGAAAACACCACACCACUGUCCUCCUCCUCUCUGCUUCUUCCCCAGCCUGUCAGGCCUCAUGCUGCACUCUACUUUUUACUCUUUCUUCUUCUUCUUUUCUUCCUUCUUCAUGGUUGUUGCUCUGGCAGGAAAACAACUGAUCUUGUGUUUUGCAGUGAGGAGGAAUAUUUGCAAGGGCAAACCUGAAUUUUGUGCUGCUUGAUAUUUUUUUCAAAUCUUUCAUUUGGAAAAAAAAAUCAUUCUGUGGUAGAGACAAAGCUUCGGUUGAAUCCUUUAUGUCGUCUCUGAAGUCUAUAUUUAAGCUCUUCUUCACAGAUGUUCGGCAGCAGUUUGAGUGUCCUGUAAUCACGGAGGUCACAUAUGUGAAACUAUUGAACAAAAAAUCCUUCUGAGGCUGAUGGGAAUACAGCCUGGACAGAAAGGUUCACUUUGAACAUCGACUGUAACAUUUUUCAGACAGUUUACACAAGGAGGAACCAGAAACUGAAAUUCUGUCUUUACGCUGAAGUUUGAUCUGUAAGGGUGGGGGCUUUGAGACAGGACCUUAACUCUGGACCUCCUUGGACAUGUCAGCUCCUUCUCUGUACAUAUUUUACAUAGAUCAUGUAUAACUAGUCUCCUUAGUGCUAAUUUAGCUGUUGUUUUCUCCAUGGUGUGCCUUUGUCAGGGGUUUUCAGUAUGUACAAUAUGUAAAGUAAAAGUUGAACCUUGCUUGGGAUAAAGAACAGGUACUAAUUAUGGAGGCAAGCCGUCCAUAUCACCACAAGUUCACCUGAGCUGCCUCAAGACCGGCCUCCAAUGAUCGUCAAAUUUACAAUCAUCCAUAUACCCUGUUGCCUGAAAGUAUUUAUCCUGUACAGCUGUAUGUGAAACACAUCUUCUUUUCAAACCCUUUCCAAAAAUCUUCACCUUCAGUGUAUCAACAUGAAGAUUGCAAAACACUAGGGGAAACACAACCAUGUAAAUAGCUCCAAGCUUUUUUUAUUUGUUUGUUUUUUGUGCAUUUGACUUUUAUUUAGCUGUUUUACAUUAGUUGUAUUUUGUAUGAAGUGUAUUUUCAGCAGCCUAUCAUUUUAAGUUGUUUACACAGUGACAAGGAAAAUUGUGUAAUAGGCAAUAAUCCUCAACUCUCCAAUUUUGUCAACCACCUUACAGCAAACAGGGAGGAAUGAAAAAUCCACCCUAAGAGACUUUGAUGGUGUUUAUUGGGACUACGUAUUAUUUCACAAUAGAGGGGACCAUACCAUUCUGAUUGUUGCAAGAUGAAAGCAUACCAUUUUCUGAAUCCAAAACACAUUUUUCUACAAUAAAUGCAUUAUUUUUAACAAAAAAAGCCAAUUUGACUUUCCAAAUUAGUGCUGUGAGCGGUUUUGGUUUUGGUCACAACACCAGAACAAGUUUGGUCACAGCAUUGAGACUGUGAGAUGUGGUUAAAAGCUCAAGAAAAAGCUAAUAAGUGAACUGUUUUCACAAAGUCACCAAUUAACUGUCACUUAAAAUAUGACAAACUUCCCAGAGACAUCAGUGUUUGAUGUUGUCUGAGCACAGUCCACCUUGGAUAAACUGAACUUGCAAAAUACAUGAUCAAAGAAGAUAACAAGACUUCAGUCACAGUUCAGCUGGUCGUCAGACAGAAUUGAGGUUCAUACUCAGCUUUUUUGUUUCUCGUAUUCCUAUUGCAACUUAACAUAGUGAUGGUUUUCCAGCAUUUCCUUAAUGUUAUGAAAUAUGGAAUUUUUUAUAGAUCUAAACUUAAAACAUGAAACAUUUGGUUUUGGUUUCAGUCCCACAGACUCAACUCAGCAACACUACAGAUCAUACAGGAUGCAGGUCAUCACACCCCUGAUCCAACUGACAUAGACUGAUGAGAUUUCUCAGUGGAUGAGAGUGGAUUUUUCCCUUCCAAGAGCUUUCGUAAUACUAGUUCAGGUUUUUAUUGAUGCAGAGGCGAGCUGUGUCAUUUUAAACCUACCCUCAGAUUACAUCUCAGAGCAGCAGAUCCUCUGCACUAAACACCUGCUCUGCAAAACACAAGGCAUCUGCUUUCAAAAACAUGUUUGGGGCAUAUGUGGAGAAUUCUCUGCAAGAACUUGGUUUGGUACACAUGUAGAAUCGGAUUUUACUGAUCAGUGCUCCACUCACAGCCUCUGUCAACAGCAGGGUGCUCAAAAUGCUUCUAUCCUGCCUUAACGUCUAUGCAUGACAAGAGUUGAGUAUUGUUGUACAAUUCUGACUUCAUUUUUGUCCGAGCAGCAUCUCCACAUGUCUGCUGCUCAGAGUCUGACACCCUUUUUUUUUUACUAUUGCAAUUUUGCAGUUGUUCACAUUACGUUUUGUGAAUCGUUUUUUUGUUUUUGUUUUUUUCGCUUGGCUUGUAGUCAUCAAAGGGGAUGUGUUGUUUUUUUCUGUCCAUGCAGCUCAUUCAGUGAUCACAUUAUCAUUAGUUUAAUUCCAUGGAAAGGGGCAUUUUCAUCAAAAAGACCGUCAUAGAAAUAGUAUUUUGUAAUUCAGCCUCAAAGAAUGGCAUAAAGGAAAUACUGAGUUGACUGAAGACUGAGAAAACGAAUGAACUGAAUCCCCAAGACCAAUUUGAACUGCGUAGUUUAGCAGAUAAAUGGGUCCAUCAAAAACAUACUUUUCUUGCUGCCCUCUAUCACUGACAUGUUUUCAUUAAUAGAUUUGCUGGUAUGAAGGGAACACGGACCAAAUCAAGACAGUUGUUUUGGAAAGUUCAGAAAAAUUUUAAAUUGCAGAUCUAUUUAUUCCAUUAUUAAAGUAGGUUUCAGAUGCUAUUAGACGGUCCAAGAAGCACUUGGUUUGAAGCAUACUAAGGCCUUCAGUCACUGUAGUUAUUGAAGAAAUAAACUAAUAAAUGCCAAAUAUCAUUUGAUGUCAGGUUUUCCAGACUAUUGAAUAAUUUUGUUUGAUCAGCUGAUAUGUUUAAUGAAACAUCUGCCCUCCUUCCUAUGUAAAUAGGCCUAACCCUAGUUCAGAGUCAAGCAUGGCGUUUUGUAAUACACAAGCUGUCUGGAGCAGCGAUGGGUUGUGACAGACAGGCUAUAAAUGUUCACGCUGGAAAGAUUUUUGGAUCAGGGCCACUGAAGCUGCACAUGUUUAGUCAAAUUUCAGCGUCAGAUUCCACAGAAAUGUCUCAUAACUCAAUCCAUUGUCUCUCCAUUUUCCAACUGUUUUUAAAGCUACACCUGCUGAUUUUCUGCUAAAAAGCAUUCAGAAAUCCUGAAUAGCAGAAUCAGCGAGUGUAUCUUUCACAAAACACAACUGCAACAAAUCUGAAGGCAUGUGUUAUUUGAGCACUGUGUUAGCAGAUUGCCAUUUUUUCCAGGUUUUAGUUUGAGUUGUGUGUGAAUGGAAAUAUUAAGGAUUAUGUAUCCAUAACCUCUUAAACAACUGGUUGACUUGCACUAAUUUAAAAACAGAGUCAUGGGUUUGUAAAGAUGAAAAACCUCAAAACGUGGCAUGUUUUAUUUGAUGUUAUGCAAAAUUUAAUGUCUGUAGAGUAAUAGUCUGAGUUCUGUUUUUAAUGCAGUAUGUGUGACAAUUGUAAAUACUUUGUGUACAAUUUGAGAUGGUAUAUUUACUACACUGUACAUACAUGUGAUAUUGUAUCAUUUUGUUUUUGUAAAGCAGUUAGCUUCUGUAUAAUAAUAUACAAAUUGAACUAU